AUGAAGGGAUUUAUUAUUCAAAUAAAUUCUUAUAAAACUUUAUUUCUUUCAUUUUAUUCACACAUAAUUAAUUUGUCAACAAAGAAUUGUGUCGCCAAGAAACCAAAAAAUAUUUUUAAAGAAAUUAAAUAUUUAAAUUAUUUUUCAAAAAUGUCCUCUAAAAUCCAUCCAAUUUGGAAUUUGGAAAGAAUAAAUGGCCAAAAAUUAUUUAAUCGAUUAAAAGAAGAAGAAAGUUUGGUGGAAUGUACUGAAUGUAAAUUAAAAUUAAAAAUUUUGGAUUAUUUUGACGUUACAAAUUUAAUUAAACAUUUGUCUUCUUCAACACAUUCAGAAGCUAAUUAUAAAGAAAAAUUGAAAUUUUUAAUUAAACAAAAUUGGGGAAAUGGAGGAGAUAAUUUCGAUCCCCGUCCAUGGGAAAAUGCUUAUGAAAAAUUGGAAGCUUUUCAAAUUAAUUUUAAAUCAAAAGAAAUUUCAAAUAAAUUAAAAGGAGCUUUGGAAACAAUUGAGGAAAUUUUGGAUAAAUAUAGGUUUGUAUUUGGGAAUUAAGGGAAAUUAAAUACGGAAAAUUAAAUAAAAAUCUCGGUACCUC